AAGUCCAUUAAAUACCUAAUUCUACAUCUGCUACUAUUAGUUUUCUUCACAUUGGACAAGCUAGUUCAGAAGUUUGUCAAGCAUCUUCAUGCGGUUGCAGCUGAUGAGACAGACACCAAGCUACUGCACCUAUAUUCAUAUGGGAACUACAGAAAACCGGGAAGGUUCUUUGAUAUUGUGUUUAAUGAGAAUGCUCGAGCACUUCCUCAUGAUCUGAACACAUACCAGAUUGUAUAUGUAAUACUUAUCUCUUGA